UCCCCGGACCCUACAUUCACUAUAUCUGGUCUCUCCGGACCCUGCAUUCACUACAUCUGGUCUCUCCGGACCCUGCAUUCACUAUAUCUGGUCUCCCCGGACCCUGCAUUCACUAUAUCUGGUCUCCCUGGACCCUACAUUCACUAUAUCUGGUCUCCCCGGACCCUGCAUUCACUAUAUCUGGUCUCCCCGGACCCUGCAUUCACUACAUCUGGUCUCCCAGGACCCUACAUUCAUUAUAUCUGGUCUCCCACAGUACACACAACAUGGAAAUGCAAUUAUUUUAGUAAAUAUAAACUGCUAAAUACCUUUUCUCAUCAGCAGUUAGAGCAGGCUUGUGACAUCUAUCAGUGUCCAGCAGAGCACAGCUGACAGUGCGUGCCACCUGUUAGUGCCCAUCAAUGCCACAUACCAGUGCCCAUCAGUGCAGAUCAGUGCCUACCAGUGCAUACCAAUGCCACAUAUCAGUUCCCAUCAGAGCUGCCUAACAGUGUCAACUAUCAGUCAGUCAGUCAGUGCCCCCUAUCAGUGGCAGUCAGUGAUGCCUAUCAGUGCUGCCAAUCGUUGCCAGUCAGUGCCGCCUAUCAGUGCUGCCUAACAGUUCCAAUCAGUGCCACCUAUCAGUGCCAGUCAGUGCGGCCUAUCAGUGUCACCUGUCAGUGCCAU